AUGGCGUCUUCUAACUCUUUCCCUUCCCUUCCUUCCCGCACAUCAGAUCUGGCAACAGUUUGGGCCUUUCUGGAAGAAGGACUCGAUGCUAUCAUGACAGCGUUGCUUAAUGCGGCUGUAUUUAAUUAUUACAUGUCGUCAAAUGACAGGUUUCGUGGCUCUUCAUCAGGCCUUUAUGACAAAUUCCGUAAAUACUUACGGGUGCGUCUCAAAACCAUUUGGAAUGUACAUUGCCUGCUUUGUCUCCUAACGGUCGGUAGCCUACAAGGGGAAGAGUUGUUGAGGUACUAUGGCACCGAAUGGCGUCGAUACGAAAUACGCGUUCGCUUCAUGGACCGGAAGCUUGCUUUGGUACAAUGGAAGGCCAAAGUACUUGACCCGAUAAAUCAGAAAAAAUGUCUCGACAUCUAUGAAAAUGACUUUGAAGCGCCCUUCUUCGUUGCCACAGAGAUGUAUUACAAGGGAGAAGCGGAGACCUUCUUGGCGGCAGCUAGGGAAUCGAACUUCAGCUAUUUCAAGAAGGUGCAGGAUCGACUGAACGAAGAGAAAAAUCGCAUAGAACAAGAAGAGAACUUUCCUGCCUCGUUAUCGCGCACACAGGGGCAGGACCUUCUCAGGAAGAAAUUCGAGUGGCAGGGCAAGAAGGCUGUCCUCGAUGCCGGACCCAGACUUGUAGCAACGGAUUCAGAGCCGGAUCCAAAGCGGUAUCUUGACGCGUUGUUGGAGGUCCACACAAAGUAUUCGAAAAUUAUGACACAGUGUCUCUACGGAGACAUUGGAUUUAUCGGCAGUUUGCGUAAUCUGUACCAUUUUUGUAAACCGAAAUGCUGUGACGGAGACUACGAGCAAUCAGUUACUCCGACAGAACUCGACAGAAGAAAUGGAUAUAAAGACAUCUUCUUGAACUUUUUUUAUGCUGCGAGGCUAUCGAAACGUAUCAUAUACGGCUUGUCAGCUUCAGACGAAAGGGAAACCAGCAUGAUCUCCAAGCUCAGAAACGCAUGUGGAUCUGAAUAUACGAGCAAGUUGCGGCAGAUGUCCAUGGACGCGAAGGUGAGUAAGGAUCUAACAGAGCAGUUCAAGGACGUGUCAUUUAGCGUCAUGGUCCUUGGUUCGAAUGCUUGGCCAUUAAGUCGGUCAUCGCAUGGAUUCACCAUCCCGAAGGAGACGUAUCCCACAUAUGAACAUUUCCAAAAGUAUUACCGGACGAAGUAUUCGCGUCGGAAGCUGACUUGGCUGUGGACUUACUCGAGGAACGAGCUUCGAGUGAACUACCUUGAUCAGAGGUACAUUUUGAUCACAAGCUCGUAUCAGAUGGCUAUCCUGGUCCUGUACAAUAAUCACACCCUGCUUUCUGUCUCUGAGCUUGUCAUGGCAACUUCAAUUCCUAAGGAAAUCGUUAUUCAGGUCCUUGCAAUCCUUGCCAAGGCAAGGAUUCUCUAUGGUCUUAAUUCCAACUUCAAGUCGAAGAUUCGAAUCAAUGUUAAUCAACUUAUCAAAGCCGAGGGCCAAACAGAUGAUCGGAAGCAUAUCCUCCAGGUUAUCAUCGUCCGGAUCAUGAAGGCCCGGAAGUUGAUGACAAACCAAUAA